AUGCCGCUUCCCUUAGCUUUGGCACAAAGACUCCAAAAGAGAGGAAUCCUUGGCGUCAAAGCGGUCGAAGACAAGACACCAAAGGAUUUGGGUUUGCAUUCAAUUCACUUGUAUUUGUGUUGUUGUGGUUUUGAUGAACCCGUAGAACAACUGGAAGAAGUGAUUGCUGAAGACUAUGACGACAACCGGUUUGAGGCCAAGAGUGGUGUUUCAGUGAUAGGCUGUCCCAACAAAUACAAUAUAUAUCACGACUGCUCUCUCUAUUGCCAUAAGAGGUAUUCAGAAGUAUGUGAAGAGGCGUCGCCUAAAACGAGACGAAAAUAUCAAAGACUUCUCAAAAGAUAUCCAUUGCCUGAGGGCUGGCAGGAAGUGUAUGACCCGGGAGUACAUUGUUUUUAUUACUGGAAGACAGAGACGGAUGAGGUCUCAUGGCUUCCGCCGCAUCACCCGAACGCUCGCAUCUCGUUAUCGGCCGACAAACUCAGGAACAAUUCUAACGACAACUUUGACACCGAUUCCGAGGAGUCGGACAGGAAUGAGAGGAAUAGUAGUAAAUCGAGAAUAAAAGAUAGGAAUAGAGAGAGACAGACGAAGGGCCGCACCGUUAGGAAGACCAAUGAUUUGGAUCCAAUGGAUCCGUCGGCCUAUUCUGACAUUCCUCGAGGCAAGUGGUCGGACGGCUUGGAUAAGAAGGGCGACGUCAAGAGUGACAAUUCUAACGACAACUUCGACACCGAUUCGGAGGAGUCGGACAGGAAUGAGAGGAAUAGUAGUAAAUCGAGAAUAAAAGAUAGGAAUAGAGAGAGACAGACGAAGGGCCGCACCGUUAGGAAGACCAAUGAUUUGGAUCCAAUGGAUCCGUCGGCCUAUUCUGACAUUCCUCGAGGCAAGUGGUCGGACGGCUUGGAUAAGAAGGGCGACGUCAAGAGUGGUGUGGACUCGACGGCAUCGGGACCUUUGUUUCAGAUGAGGCCGUAUCCCAAUCCCGGGGCUGUUCUCAGAAUGAAUAAAGAGAAGCACAGCAAAGGAAACAAAAGGGGGAAAGAGAGCAGUGAUGAUGAGGACUGA